CUUCAGGUGCAGGCAGCAGGUCGCCGCCUCCCCCAUCGACUCCGUGCCGGAGAAACCGACGCUGCUGCUGCUGCUGCUGCCACGAGCCGGACGGAGCAAACGAAGUAAUGAGUGCCGAGGAGGUUUCAUCUUUACUGGACCAAGGAACAACAAAAACAUAUCAAAUUCCCAUUGAUCAUCUAGACUACAAAUUCAUUGAAAAAUGUACCGAUAUUAAACAUUUGGAAAAGAUUCUCAGGAUAUUACGGUCCGGUGAGGAAGGCUGUUAUCCUGAUCUUACUUUAUUUUGUGAAAAACGGAUUGAAUCUUUGGCUCCAAACAGCAGAGCUCUACGAAGGGAGAAACCACCAGCUACAGCUUCUGAUUUUACUACUGAGGAAUGGGAAGAAAUAAAUGAUGAAAUUAAGGACUGGAUUACAAAAAUGAAAGAAGAAGAAUAUAAAAUGCGACAUUCUACAACUGAAGUAUUCCUAGAGAACCUAGAAAACAUGCCACCAGUUCGUCAUUCAGAUAGCUGUGGGCCUAUUAGCCAGGGUAAAGCUUCAGAAAAGAGAAAAAUGAAGAAAAAUAUGCCAAGGGACUACAGCGAGUGGGACAAGUUUGAUGUUGAGAAGGAGUGCUCCAAAAUUGAUAAAUGCUAUGAAGAACAGAAGUCUGAAGCCAGCUAUGGUGUUAACAGAUGCUUACCAAAAACUGACAUAGACAUAACAGGUAAGACCAGAAAGGAAAAGAAUUUCAUUGCUAAUCGUGAAAAAGAGAAAGGCAAUGAAGCAUUUGUCACUGGAGACUAUGAAGAAGCAGUCGCCUAUUACAGCCGGAGCAUCAAUGCUUGCCCCAGUGUGGCUGCGUACAAUAACAAAGCUCAGGCAGAAAUAAAACUUCAGAAUUGGCAAGCUGCUCUUCAGGAUUGUGAGGCUGCAUUAAAAAUGGACCCUGGAAAUAUAAAAGCUCUUAUGCGCCGUGCCACUGUAUACAAGAAUCUACAGAAUUAUAGUGCAGCUGCAGAAGAUUUGCAAAGAGUAUUACAGACUGAGCCCAAAAAUGCUACCGCAAGGAAAAAUCUCUCAGAUAUUGAGAAGAAUUUGAAAGAACCCCUAUCUCAGACACAGAGCAAAGGAAAAAUAAUUCUUAUUGAAGACAUAGAAGAAUCGGAAGGUGUUGAUGAACAAGGGGAAAAUGCUGUAGACCACGAAAACGGAAGUGGAGAUAGAAAAACUGCUGUGCCAAAGGGAGGACAGAUCACAAGUGAGAAGACUGAAAUGGGGAAUACGCACAAGAAGUUCCCGGGCAAAGGAGAUGGCUGUAAAUCAGAAUACAAGGAAGCACAGAAAAACAGAGAUCCUUCUGAAAACAGUAUUAAAAAGGGCACACCUGAACAAAGGACACCUAAAGUUUUGCAUGAUCGUGGAAGUGAAGUAAAUGGCUUUCUAAACAGUGGUAAAAAUAAAAGUGAAAACAGUAAUGCUGUGCCAAGGGAUGUAAAAUCUUCCUCAGCAGGAGAAAGGAGUUCCACUCUGCCCCUUCCUGCUGCAGCACUGAAAGCUGAAGGAAAUGCGUUGUUUAAGAAUGGGCAGUUUGGAGAGGCUAUUCUCAAAUAUUCAGAGGCCAUUGAAAAUGCCAGUAAUUCAGGAAUGCCGAGUCCAGAGGACAUAAGUAUUUUGUAUUCAAAUAGAGCAGCAUGUUACCUAAAAGAAGGCAACUGUGCUGACUGCAUCCAGGACUGUAACAGAGCCCUGGAACUUCACCCGUACUCUCUCAAACCCCUUCUGCGUCGAGCAAUGGCCUACGAGUCCAUGGAACGGUACAGGCAGGCAUAUGUGGAUUACAAGACGUUAUUGCAAAUAGAUAGUGGGAUCCAGGCAGCAAAUGACAGUGUUAACAGGAUAACAAGAACGUUAAUAGACCAAGAUGGUGCAAGUUGGAGAGAGAAGCUGUCCCCGAUACCAGUUGUUCCUGUUUCGGCUCAGUUACACCAGUGGGAUGGAGAAAACUUUGUGUCACAGACAAACCAGUACAAAUCGACUACUAAGCACGAAGAUCAAAAACCACAGAUUUCUAGUAAAAAAGCAGGAGAGAUGUUCAAAACUCUUAAGAAUAAAGGGAAUGAACUUGUGAAGAAGGGUAAAUAUGAAGAAGCAUUGUCAAAGUACAAUGAAUGUAUGGAAUUAAAUCCUGAGGAAUGUACCAUCUACACUAACAGAGCCCUCUGUUACUUGAAGCUGUCUCGGUACGAAGAGGCCAGAAAGGACUGUGAUUAUGUUCUUAGCCUGGAUGACUCCAACAUAAAAGCUUUGUAUAGGAGGGCUGUAGCAUACAAAGGACUACAGAACUACAAAGCUAGUAUUGAUGAUCUGAAUAAAGUUCUUCUAAAAGAUCCAAAUAUUGAUGAAGCAAAGAAGGAGCUACAGGAAACAACCCAGCUGCUUAAAAUGAAGAAAGAAGGUACAGACAACAGCCAGCAAAAGCAGAGGAAAAAAAUUGAAAUCCAAGAGGUGGACGAGUGUGAAGAAGAGGAAAUCCAGACCUGUGCUUCACAGAACACUGCAGUUAACAACCACAGGUCAAAAAAGGGAGAGCUUGAAACUACAGUGCCACUGAAAACCCCAGAAAAGCUGAUAAUUUCUAAGCCGUCAAAUGCCUAUGAGUUUGGCCAGAUGAUAAAUGCUGUGAAUGCCAGUAGAGACAUCACUGCCUGUGCAGAACUCUUAACACUUAUUGAACCCAAAGAUUUGCCAAUGCUGCUAAGCAACAAACUUGAAGGAGACAAUUUCCUAUUACUUAUCCAAGCCCUGCAAUCUGACACGUUUUGCCAAGAUGCUGGGCGGGUUUAUCAGCACCUCCUCUACCUGAGCAAAGCUGAAAGGUUUAAGCUGGUGCUGAGACUUCUUAACAAGAACGCCGUGGAGCAGGUUCAGCAGCUGUUUGAAUCUCUUUCCAGAGAGCAAAAUGAACAGUUUUCUUUACACGAUCUGGAGAGCCUUAAAAGAGACUUUGAACUUUAAAACGACUUCGUUUCGGAACCGCCUCUUGCAUGCAUUCCCACGAUGCCUGUAGGAUGGGCAUAUAAACUAUGCAGAUCUGCAUGGGGUAAAGUCAGUUUCACUUGGACGGCUGAGUGUGCUGCAAUUUUUUUUGUACAGUUCAUGCACAUUGAAAAUCUGUUAUGGUAGCAUUUAUUUUUAUCUUACAGAGUACACGUGCAUGUUUUUAUACUUUAUGGGCUGUCAUUCACAGUGAGGAAAAAUGAAUGAUUGAAUAGAUAAGAACCUGAGUUUAUUUGAGGGAAGGAGCAUGUGAACAUCAGGAUGGUGCAGGAGAUGAUUCCAUUCCCAGUGAAGUGAACAGCCCUUAACAAUGUAGCUCCUAUGCAUACACUGAUCUAAUAAUCACAAUAUUCUCAACUACAUUAAAAUGUAUUGAGGAGGCCAUAUAUGGCCACUUGUUUAAUAAUAUGUUUUUGGUCACACAGCUUUGUUCUUAUGAUACAGAAGAACCUUCAGAAAAAGUUGCUUCUCAGAAACCACUUUUAAUAUGCAAUUCUGUGGGAAAAAUUCUCUUGGAGAAGCCCCAUCGGCAUGAAUGAGCAUUCGGUGUUGUUUUAAUUUUACUGAUAACUUCUGUGAAAACCCAGUCCCAGGGCAUUGUGCACCUAGGCUUCACUUUUUGUUUCUUGACAGGUCACAUGAUUACUGUGUGCAUCUAGCUAUGGUGCAGACGAAUCCACCCUCUUCUGUCUGUCACCAGUGCAUUGAUGUGAUCACUCACAUCCAGCCCAUGUUGGGUACACUACUAGGUCAUCUUUACAGGACAACACUGACUCCUUUAUUCUUAUCUUGUAUCAGUACUGCUAACUGAAAUAUAUGCAGUAAUGUGUUUGAGAGGUCUGAAUAUGUAUAGCUACAUCAGCCUUUUGGGGAACAGUAGUGUACCAGGCCUAAAUGGUGCCCGGAGGCAUGAUCACCUCCCCAUGCCCCCCCCCAGCUCUCCACCCACCCCACUUACAGGAGCCAGCAGGGAGGCUGGGGGAGGGCAAGGCUCAGGGGGGAGGCAGCUUGGAUGGGUGCCAUGGUGGCAGGUUGAUUCCUGGACUAGUCUGUGCUGCAGUGCCCACCUGGGCUGCUCAUGGCAGCACCCUGGCCUCCCUGCAAACCGGCUUCUGCUCUCCCCAGGCCCUGGGGUGGGUAAGAGCUGGCUGGCAGGGAGGGUGGGGUGCUGCAGUAGGUGGCCCAGGCAGAUGCCACGGCUGAUGAGCCCCACCCCUUAGGGCCUGGGGAGGGCAGGAGCCGGCCUGCAGGGACGCCAGGAGGGGGGUGGGACUUGGCGGCAAUGACCCAGGGACAUGGGAUACCUUUAGCAGUACACUACUGUUGGGUAAUGGUUGAUAGUUGGGCCUGUGCUACAGCCAGCUACAUGAAAAGUCUAUUUUAGUUGUACAAAGAUCCUUUUCUGCUGCCUGUGCAGUUCUGGUGAACAGUGGCGUUAAGAAGCAGAACAGACUCUGUGUAGUUAAAUGUUUUGAAGCAAUAGAACAUUUUAAAACAAACUGGAAAAUAGUAAUUUAUUAGUGUGCAUAUCACAUUGUAUUAUGGCAGGAGUUGCUCAGGUAUUUGCACAAUUUUGAAGGUGGUAUAAUUUAUCAGUGGCUAUUUUUUCUUUAACAAAUAAGAAUAAAAAUGUUAUGUUUUAUUUAAGUUAAGAGCUUACCUAUUUGUAGUUCUUUUCUUAUUUAAAAAUAAAGAUAUGUGGCAUAUUA